GGGAUUUGGGGUUUUCCAUCUCCCUCACCACCCGAUGUCUUUGAGAAGACGGAUGAGAACGUUCUCCAACCCCAUUAUUUCCAUUUUUCUGCCCCGAAUUCUUAUUUUUUCUACCAUAUUUCCAAAGCGCUGCGAGCUCUCGGAUGCCUCUAAACCUUCCUCCCCACCCCAAAAUAGGUGCUGAGGAGAAGAUCCUGGCAGAAUUCCGGGAUUCCUGCCACCACCACGUGCCCCACGACUUCCACCUGCAGGCCAUGGUUCGCUCGGCCGGGAAGCUGGUCCUCCUCGACAAGCUGCUGCCCAAACUCAAGGCCGGAGGCCACAAGGUGCUGGUCUUCUCCCAGAUGGUGAGAUGCCUGGACAUCCUGGAGGAUUACCUCAUCCAGAAGAGGUACCUGUACGAACGGAUCGACGGCCGCGUGCGGGGCAACCUGCGCCAGGCCGCCAUCGACCGCUUCAGCAAAGCGGAUUCGGAUCGUUUCGUCUUCCUGCUGUGCACCAGGGCGGGCGGCCUGGGCAUCAACCUGACGGCCGCGGACACCUGCAUCAUCUUCGACUCCGACUGGAACCCACAAAACGACCUCCAGGCGCAGGCUCGGUGCCACCGCAUCGGGCAGAGCAAAGCAGUGAAGGUUUAUCGCCUCAUCACACGAAACUCCUACGAGAGGGAGAUGUUUGACAAAGCCAGCCUGAAGCUGGGCCUGGAUAAGGCUGUGCUGCAAUCCAUGAGCGGCCGGGAGGGGAACAUCGCCGGGAUCCAACAAUUCUCCAAAAAGGAGAUCGAGGACCUCCUUCGUAAGGGUGCCUACGCUGCCAUCAUGGAGGAGGAUGAUGAAGGCUCCAAGUUCUGCGAGGAAGACAUUGAUCAGAUCCUGCUGCGUCGCACCACCACCAUCACCAUCGAGAGCGAGGGGAAAGGCUCCACUUUUGCCAAGGCCAGUUUCGUCGCCUCGGAAAACCGCACCGACAUCGCUUUGGAUGAUCCCAAUUUUUGGCAAAAAUGGGCCAAAAAAGCUGAUUUAGACCUCGAUCUGCUCAACAGCAAGGUGGGUUGGGUGCUGGGUGGGUGCUGGGUGGGUGCUGGGUGGGUCCAUGGGGGCAGGGUGCUGAUCUGGGUGUUAAAGAGAACCUGGAGGUGGUAGAGGGCACCUAAUGAUGCUAAGGAGCGCCUAAUGAUGCUAAUGAGCACCUAGAGAUGCUAAUGAGCACCUAGAGAUGUUAAAAUAAAGGUGCUAAGGAGCACCUAAUGAUGCUAAGGAGCACCUAAUGAUGCUAAUGAGCACCAAGAGAUGUCAAAAUAACUAUGCUAAGGAGCACCUAGAGAUGCUAAGGAACACCUAACGAUGCUAAUGAGCACCUAACGAUGCUAAUGAGCACCAAAAGAUGCUAAUGAGCACC